CACCUUCAAUUGGGGUUGAUUGAUUGAGGGGAUUGCCGUGAGAAAGCAUCAGCAGCCCUCGCAAGAAGUUUUUCGAGGUUGGAGACGUCAUUUGGUUUGUGGGUUCAUCUGUUUUCUCAGGGUAAUUCCUUUUACAGGAUUCUGUUAGAUUCUGCUUCGGGAGUCGGUAGGUUGGAAGAAUGAUGUGUGGGGCAUAGGAAAGGGACGAGUUCGAAGGAUUUGGAGCGACUAGGUGUGGUGUAGAGGCGGUUUGGUAGACUUUGUUUGGAGUUUUAGUAGGAUCGGUGGUUGAUUGAUUGCUCUGCGAGGUUUUUGGCUGCUGGAGCUGGGAGACCAUUUCCGUGUGUCGCUAUGGCCGACGAGCAAAUUUCCAAGGAGAUGGCCUCGAAACUUGUUGUCGGUGAGGCUGCGGUGAGUUCCUCCGCGGAGCCGGAUGUCGUUUUGGAAGGAUGGUCGACGAGAGUAGAGGAUUUGCUGGACGAGGGCGACGAGGCAGGGGCCGUGAAGGUGCUGGAGGGUGUUAUUGCCAAGCUCUCGGUUUCGAAGAAUGCCGCCUCCAACUUAGGCCUUGCCGUCGCGAUGAGCGACCUGGCGAGGCUAUACGGAUCUCGGGGCAUGUCACUAAAGGCCGACGAGCUUCUCAGCGAGUCCCUGCUCAUCAAGAAGAAGGCCGAAGAAGCUUCUUCUGUCGAUAAUCUCUCAUGGGAAGAUGCAGCUGACGAGAAUCCAAGCAGGAAGGUUACUGUCGAGCAACCGGCGAAAUCUGGAAAUAUGCAGGAGAAUUCCGACAGAGUGCCUGGAGCAGGGUUCCCAAGCACUACUGCCAUGUCUGAUGAAGAAGAUUGGGAAGCUGCUGUCCCGACCUUGCUGGCAUCACCAAAUUUACUGUCACCAGCUGUGAAGAAAACGCCGGUGAAGGUGAAGGAGAAAGAGACCCCGAAGCAACGUGGACGGGGAGCAUUCACAUAUGGUGGUGGCGGCAACCUCUACAGCGAUCAAUUCGAUGAGGACGGUGCCACCCACGAACGGCUCAACCUAACCACCUCCGACCGAGCCAACGACCAUUGGGAUGGCGGUGCUGAGCAUGUGCUUCUGAUAGACGGAUUCUCGCCACUGAUAAAGACAAAGGACUUGGAGGACCUACUGAGACCUUAUUCUGGGCAAGGAGUUAGUAUUCGUUGGAUUGACGACACAAGUGUGGCAGCUGUGUUCCGCACACCUGCCCUCGCGCGACAAGCGUUGGCAGGAAUUCGUGAUCCGCGGUUCAAGGUGCACAAGUACACCGAGGCAGGUGCAGGCCUCAGCCAGCCGAUCUCCUUAUCGAUAUCAGAUUUGGAGCCACCAGCUCCGAGGCCGGCCACUACUGCAAGAGUAGCACAGCGCAUGAUAGCAGGAGCUCUGAGCAGACAAGGGAUCAGCAGCCAAAACCUGCGGGCGAAGACAAAAGCCAAUGCACAGCAGGCAUUGCACCUGGAGGCUGAGAGGAAGCAACGGUUGCUCCAACGGCAGCAAUUGCGUGACGAGGCCUGGGGCGAUGACUAAUUGCAGAGCAGCUUUUUUUGUGUCUACAAUCUACACCUCCAGAAAAUGUAAAUUAUGCAGCAGCAGCCAUGAGCUAAGCCCUUGGAUAUAUACUUUUGUUGGACAGUGCAAUCUCAGCAGAAUAAGUUGCAAAUAAGAGGAACUGAACUUCUCCAGGAAAUUGUGCACAUAACGUGGGUCUCAUCUUUUUUA